CUUCCUAUCCACCUUCUGGUCCUUUGUUUCUCCCUUGUGGAUCCUGCCCAUCUCCAUCUCGGCAUCUGCUGCUACAGAUUUGUGCAUCACAGGGGCUUUCUCUUUUGACAUUUUGCAUUGAACUUGCGAGUUUGGCACAAUUGCUAUAUGCUAACCGAAGUUUGCUUCAUCAAAGCUGCUCAACGCUUCCACAUUCAGAGAAUGGCCUUUGCUGCGUCAACUUAUGGGGUUGAUUUAAUUAAAAUGCAUCCACAUGGUAUCCAGUUGUGUGAGAAGCAUCCAUUAGUACAUUUGAGCAAUUCAAAGAUCAGAAGAUUCGAGAGAAUGAUUAGAGCUGGAUCCCAAAUGACAAAUUCUAGACCAGUCGUUAAUAAACCAGAGAUUGAUUUUAGUGAUCCAGAUUGGAAAAGACACUUCCAGGAGGAUUUUGAUAAACGGUUCAAUUUACCACAUUUGAGGGAUAUUCUUGCCAUUAAGCCAAGGCCAACUACAUUCUCACUGAAGAGCAGAAUUCCUCUAGAUGACGGUGAUGGUGCAGCAACAGGAAGUUGGAACGGCUAUGUGAAUGAUGAUGACCGAGCACUUCUGAAGGUUAUAAAGUUUGCUUCUUCAACUUCUGCUGGAGCAGAGUGCAUUGACCCUGACUGCAGCUGGGUGGAACAAUGGGUGCACCGUGCUGGACCACGUAAGCAAAUAUACUUCGAGCCAAGGGAGGUAAAAGCUGGAAUUGUUACUUGUGGAGGACUUUGUCCUGGUCUCAAUGAUGUCAUUAGACAGAUAGUGCUCACACUUGAGAAAUAUGGGGUAAAAAAUAUUGUUGGAAUCCCAUAUGGUUACCGUGGAUUUUCUGAUGAGGGCUUAUCCGAAGUACCGCUUUCACAUAAAGUGGUUCAGAAUAUUAACCUUGCUGGUGGAAGUUUCCUAGGAGUAUCUCGCGGAGGGCCUAGCACCAGUGAUGUAGUUGAUAGCAUUCAGGCCAAGAGAAUUGAUAUGCUUUUUGUACUGGGUGGUGAUGGGACACAUGCAGGGGCACUUGCCAUACAUAACGAGUGUCGCAUGAGAAAACUGAAAGUAUCAGUAGUCUGUGUGCCAAAAACUAUUGAUAAUGACAUACUACUAAUGGACAAAACAUUUGGUUUUGAUACUGCUGUAGAAGAAGCUCAGAGAGUAAUCAAUUCUGCAUAUGUCGAGGCUCGCAGUGCAUACCAUGGUAUUGGAUUGGUCAAAUUGAUGGGAAGAAGCAGUGGGUUUAUAGCGAUGCAUGCAUCACUUUCUAGUGGUCAAAUUGACAUCUGUUUGAUUCCAGAGGUACCUUUUAAUCUAGAGGGGCCAAAUGGAGUCUUACAACAUCUCGAGCAUCUCAUAAAAACAAAAGGAAAUGCUGUAGUUUGUGUUGCUGAAGGAGCAGGACAAGAUUAUCUACAUAAAUCAAACACCACAGAUGCAUCAGGAAAUGUGGUGCUUAGUGAUAUUGGAGUUCACAUUCAGCAACAGAUCAAAAGACAUUUCAAGGAUAUAGGUGUUCCAGCAGAUGUGAAGUACAUCGAUCCAACUUAUAUGAUCCGGGCUUGCCGUGCUAAUGCAUCCGAUGCAAUUCUCUGCACUGUAUUAGGCCAGAAUGCUCUUCUAUCAAUGGAUAUUGGAGGCACAGUGCUGAUUUUCUCGACUGAACUGCAGUUGCUUUAUAUUCAGGUACACGGUGCAUUUGCUGGGUUCAGUGGCAUUACAACCGGUAUAUGCAACACACAUUAUGUCUACUUCCCGAUCACACAAGUAAUUGAAUCUACUAGGCACGUCGACCCAAACAGCAGGAUGUGGCACCGAUGCCUGACAUCGACUGGCCAACCUGACUUCAAUUAAAACUAUACGGGUGACACCGAAAGACAAUAAGGAUGCAAUUAGAAUUUUCUCAACCUUGCCUGCUGUCAAAUUUUGUGAGUUCAAUGCGUGCCACAACUAUAUCCCAUCUUGAUUUGGGGAACGAUAAAACCUCUGUUAGAUGGUGUUGGUCUCUUGUUUCAUUACGUCGAAGGGAAGUUAUCAUUGACCCUGCAGUUAUCCUGUUUAUGGUCUCGGAUGUGAUCUAAUGAAGGCAAAUGAUGCAUGAUGCAGAGACAUGCUAAUCCGUUUUUCUGAGAGUAUAUUUACGUAAAACUAAUUGUGUAUAUACCACGGGACUGGUGGCAGAGGCUGCGGAACCUCCUUGUUUCUUCAAGAAUUCUCUUAUUUUGCUGGAAGCUCGUCUACUGUCGCCUCCCUGCUAUCGAGAGGCUUACGAAUAUUAGUGAUGGGAGUUACAUGUUAUUUCGGUGAGGAAGGUCCUGACUCUGUGAAUCGUAUCUUUUCUCAAUGCAAUUUUUUUUUUCAAAAA